AAGACAUGUAUUAGCCCUUAUUAACUUCAUCACUGCUUCGUCUUGAUCAUUCUUUCGAGCUGAGUUGCAAGCAAAUGGCCUCACACAGCAUCAAAGCCUAGGACAACGAGGGUCGACUGCAACUCUUGCUACACCAACCUGACACCAACGUUUCUGUAUUCUUAUUAGCAUCUCUACGUGGGGUAAGUCAAUGAACUAAUGGACCAUGGGUAAACAGGCGAAUUGCAAAUUUUUGUAUUAAAAACCAACGUCUUCUCACCGUUGUUUUAUCAGGAAGCUCAAUAUUUCCUUGCACUCAGACCGCCAUCACUUUGAGAGAGGAUGUUUCAAAUUCUCAUACGUGGCCACUGGCCAAGAUGCCCAAUAUUUGCGUUCGCCAGCGCAUAUAUAAUAGACCGCUGAGUGUCAUGAUGCUUUCCAGUCAGCCAUGUUCUCCGCUGCAUCCUUGUUGACAAUCAUCUCCCUAGCUCUGUCAAUCAUAGGAUCGUUCGUUGAAGUUAACAAUUCCCCCAUCACCCUCCCUAUAGCCAGGAGGCUAAAUGUCUCUAAUGGUACUAUUAACCUCUUGCAGCAGGAUAAAGCUCGCUUGGCUGCCUUUAAAGAUCAAUCCUUGAAGCACGACGGCCAUGGCACUCCUGCGGCCAACGUUGGUAAUGGAUAUUACAUCGCAGUUGGCAUUGGCAAUCCCGCCACAACUUACUUUUUAAUUGUCGACACCGGUAGCUCGAUCACAUGGGUUGGCGCUAAAACUCCGUACGUGAGCACCAGCACCAGCACCAGCACAGGCCAGCAUAUGACAUACGUCUACGGUACUGGCUACUUCUCUGGAACUGAGUACAUCGACACCGUUGAUCUCGGUAAUGGACUCGUCAUCGCCAAACAGUCAAUUGGUGUCGCUACUGAUGUGUCGAGCGGUUGGGGCAACGCUGACGGUAUCCUUGGCCUUGGGCCUGUAGGCUUGACAAAGGGUUCCCUGACAGCUGAAAGUGGAACGACGAUCCCGACUGUCGCUGACAACCUGCAUAGCCAAGGCACAAUUCAUCGCGAGGUUUUCAGUAUCUCUUUCGAGCCCAUCACCUCAGCGCAGGCAAACGUCAAUGGAGAGAUCACCUUCGGUGGAACUGUCAAAAACAAGCACGCUGGCCCCAUUACGUACACUCCUAUCACUACCAUCAAUCCUGCAUCGGGCUAUUGGGGUAUCGACCAGAGCAUCACCUACGGCUCCACGUUGAUCAUGUCCUCCACUGCGGGUAUCGUCGAUGUUGGAACCACCUUUAUUCACAUUGCCACCGAUGCCUACGAAAACUACCAGUCUGCAACCGGUGGUACUCCGGAUGCAGCGACUGGUCUUCUCCUCAUUUCCUCUGCCCAGUACGCAGCCCUCGAGAACCUGGAUUUCCAUAUUGGCAGCGAAACCUUUUCGCUCACACCUAACGCCCAAAUCUGGCCUCGUGUGCUCAACGCCUACAUUGGUGGUAGUAGCAACGCCAUCUAUCUCGUCGUUAACGACAUUGGUACGACCAGUGGCGAAGGUUUUGACUUUGUUAAUGGCUACCCAUUCAUCGAGCGCUUCUUGGCUGUGUUCGAUGCCUCCCGUUCUCGUGUCGGCUUUGCCAAAACCCGGUUCACUGAUGCUACCACCAACUAAAAUGGAGCUGCUCGAGUGCACAAAAGAUCGGUUUUCAGACGCAAAACAGCAAACAGAUUCAUCAGUGAACUGAUGAGUCCUUGAUAUUGUAGCCUUGGGAACUAUAGAACGACUUGAUUUUGUUCCCGCCAGAUAUUAGCUUUUAUACUGUGGGCAACAUGAGUUAUAGAUAUAUAUCCAUUGAUACUCGCAAACUAAGUGUAAUAGGAGCAAUCCAUGAAAAUGUUGUGACAUCCCUCCUUCCGAGCCGUCACGUAGCCACCGAGACUCGGCGUAGUAUACCUGUUCAAACUAUAUUGUGCCGUGUC